AUGUCUGACAAAUACGCAUUUUCGUUGACAACCUUUUCACCCAGCGGUAAACUGGUUCAAAUUGAAUAUGCAUUGAACGCUGUAAAUGCUGGUGUCACGUCAGUUGGUAUUAAAGCGACUAAUGGAGUUGUUUUGGCUACUGAAAAGAAGCCUGCUUCAGAGUUGGCUGUUGGAAGCUCUUUGGAGAAGGUCUGCAAAAUUACUCCCGACAUCGGAAUGGUUUAUAGUGGAAUGGGUCCUGACUUCCGUGUUCUCGUAGACAAAUCUAGAAAAGUUGCCCAAACUGCUUACAAAAAUGUCUAUAAUGCGUAUCCGCCUACGAAAAUCCUUGUCCAAGAGAUUGCUUCUGUUAUGCAGGAAUCCACUCAAUCUGGUGGUGUCCGUCCUUUUGGUGUCAGUCUUUUAGUAGCCGGAAUGGACGAAAACGGCCCCGUGUUGUACCAAGUUGAUCCUUCCGGUACAUACUUUGCUUGGAAAGCUACCGCCAUCGGCAAAUCUUCUACAGCUGCCAAGACCUUUUUAGAGAAACGUUACAACAAUGAAAUUGAAUUGGAUGAUGCCGUCCACACUGCUAUCCUUGCUUUGAAAGAAACUUUCGAAGGCGAAUUAACUGAAGACAGCAUAGAUAUUGCUAUUGCUUCAAACAAGCCCACAGAAAGCGGCAUUGAGGGUGUCCCAGGCGGCCAUUUUUACAGACUAACUCAGUCUGAAAUCCGUGAUUACCUUGAUCAAGUAUAG